GUCAUAAUCAUCACUACAACAAACAUUGGGAAAAACACGGAGAAUGAAAACCAUGGACUGCAAUGAAAUUCUAGAUUUCGGAAAGAACCCUGUCACAGAUGUGGACACAAAACUAGAUAUCUUAAAAUUCAGUUAUAAGUGGUCUGACGCAGUUGAAGAGCAGGAAAAACGUACUGAGGAGGAAAAAAAGCAGCAAAGAGAAACGAAGAAGUUAGAAAAAGAAAUUAAAGGGGAGGAGAAGAAAGAUCGCGACAAAAAUCACAACAGACUAAAAACCAUGGACUACAAUGCUGUUUUGGAUUUUGGGGAGAAUCCUGUCACAGAUGUGGAUACAAAACUAGAGAUCCUUAAAUUCAAUUACAACUGGUCAGACGCAGUUGAGGAAGAGGAAAGACGUAUGGAGGAGGAACAAAAGCAGCAAAGAGAAACUAAGAAGAAGUUAAUAGAAAAAGAAAUUAAUGGGGAAGAGAAAAAAGAUCGCAACAAAAAUUACAACAGAAUUAAAACCAUGGACUACAAUGCCAUUCUAGAUUUUGGGGAGAAUCCUGUCACAGAUGUGGACACGAAACUAGAGAUCCUUAAAUUCAAUUACAACUGGUCAGAUGCAGUUGAGGAAGAGGAAAGACGCAUGGAGCAAGAACAAAAGCAGCAGAAUGAGAUGAAGAAAUUAGAAAAAGAAAUUGAAGGGGGAGAAAAGAGAGAUAGCAGAAAACAACUGGGAAACAGAAAAACUAAUCACUACAAAACAAGGAAGCAUGAAAAGUCCCAUAUGAAAAAAUACCAGAAAAUGAAACAGGAGGCUAUUGAAUCCACCAGACACAUGAUUGAAGGAGAUACAUGUGCAGGAAAAGCAUCUGGAGAUAAAUUGUCCUCCAUUACAGAAAUUUCCAAACAAGUUUUGUCAGAGAUUAUGUCACCAAAAGAUUUGUUAGGAGAGAAGACGAAUGAAGAUUCUUCGGGAGAAAAGGCAACUGCUAUUGAUAAAAAACUGUUGGCAGCAAAGGACACUGCCUGUAAUGGAGAAUUAUCAGAGGAGAUGUCACAGGUAUAUGAUGCUGUGUCAGUGGAGAGGUCAUCAACCUGUGAUGAAGAUAUGUCAGCAAAGGAGUCACCAGCUUGUGUUGAAGAUAUGUCAGAGGAUAUGACACCAUUACAUGAUGCUGUGUCAGAAGAGAUGCCUCCAGCAUGUGAAGAUAUGUCAGCAGAGAAGUCACCAGCAUGUGAUGGAGAAAUAUCAGAGGAUUUAAUACCAGUAUGUGAUGAAGAAAAGUCAGCAGAAAAACCACCACUUUGUGAUGACGAUUUGUCAGAGGAUAUGACCCCAUCAGCAUGUGAUGAAGAUAUGCCAACAGAGAAGACACCAGUAUGUGAUGAUGAUGUAUCAAAAGAUAGAACACCAGCACGUGAUGAUGAAAAGUCAACAGAUAUGUCAGAGGAUAUGACACCAGUGUGUAAUGGGGAUACUCUAGCAGUGAAAUUACCAGUAAAUAAUAUGUCAGAGGAUAUGACACCAGCAUGUGAAGAUAGGUCAGCAGACAAGUCUAAAGUAUGUGAUGAAGAAAUUUCAGUAGAGAAGUCACCAAAAAAUGAUAUUUCAGAGGAUAUGAGACCAGCAUGUAAUGCAGAAAUGUCAGAAGAAAAGUCAACAGUAAACGACCAUGUGUCAGAGGAUAUGGCACCAGCAGCAUGUGAUGAAGAAAAGUUAGCAGAAAAAUCCCCACUAUUAGUUGAAGAUUAUCCAGAGGAUAUAACAUCAGUAUGUGAUGAAGAUAUAUCAGCUGAAAAGUCACCGGUAAAUGAUAAUGUGUCAGAGGAUAUAACACCAGUAUGUGAUGAAGACAUGUCUGCAGAAAAAUCACCAGUACAUGAUGAAAUGUCAGAGGCUAUGACCUCAGCAUGUGAUAAAGAUAUGUCAACAGAGAAGUCACCAGCAUGUGAUGAUGCUGUGUCAAAGGAUAUGUCAACAGAGAAGUCGCCAGCAUGUGACGAUGCUGUGUCAAAGGAUAUGUCAACAGAGAAGUCGCCAGCAUGUGAUGAUGCUGUGUCAAAGGAUAUGUCAACAGAGAAGUCGCCAGCAUGUGAAGAUGCUGUGUCAAAGGAUAUGUCAACAGAGAAGUCGCCAGCAUGUGACGAUGCUGUGUCAAAGGAUAUGUCAACAGAGAAGUAUAGCAUGUGA